AUGUUCGUCUAUACAUUCCUUAAAACUCCCCCCGCUAACACACUUCCAGCGGAGCUGUCGAGGCUGAAGCCCGCCCCUGCCGAGCACAUUCAUGUGAAGAGCAAGUCAAAGUGCCUCCCAACCACACAAACCAAGACACGGAAAUUAAUUCUCGAUCAUCUGGAAGACGCCAAGAACCGAUUCGUCUGGUUACGGGGAUCUCCUGGGACGGGGAAGACUGCUAUAGCUAUGAGUGUUGCAUCCACCCUCAAAAUGCAAGGCACUCUGGCAGCCUCCUUUUUUUGGGAUAAAAACCAGACUGGAUUGGGCCUUGAUUCUACUAAACAGUUCCCAUCCACGCUUGCACAUCAACUCGCACGCUUCAAUGAGGACUUCAAGAUGUCACUUGUUAGGUGCCUUCGGCAGCCCGAUCUGGAAUUUGUUCAGGAUCUGCCUCUGGACAAGCAAAUGGAGUCUCUUGUUCUCGAGCCUAUGUAUAAUCUUACCGUGGUACUGCCAGGUCGCCCUGUCAUUGUCCUCGAUGGCUUGGACGAG